CCAAUGCCUUCUGCUUCCUUUCUUUGAUUUCUCCCUUUUUCAUCUAUCCCUGGAUCUGUGGAACACCUUGCUCAAGGAGAAACAAUUGCUUUUGAGCUCUCUCUUUGUGUGAAUUUCCUUUUUGUCAACUGGAAACCAUGCCUUUGGGAAGAGCACUUGAAUCUGCUUCUGUGAAUGUGCUUCUUAACAAGUUGGCUUCCCAACAAUUCAUCGAUUUCUUCCUUAAAUGGAAACUUGAUACUGGGUUGUUGACCAAACUAGAGACAACACUGCAAGUGAUCUAUGCAGUUCUAGAUGAUGCUGAGGAGAAGCAAGCUGAAAAUGAUCCACAUGUCAAGAAUUGGCUCGACAAGGUUAGGGAUGCAGCUUAUGAUGCUGAGGACAUACUGGAAGAGAUCGCUAUCGAUGCACUUGAAUCGCGUAACAAGGUACCAAACUUUAUUUAUGAGUCGUUGAAUUUGAGCCAAGAAGUUAAGGAAGGAAUUGAUUUUAAGAAGAAGGAUAUUGCUGCUGCUCUUAAUCCAUUUGGUGAACGUAUUGAUUCAAAGAUGAGAAAUAUUGUGGAAAGACUUGAAGAUGUUGUGAAGCAAAAAGAUAUUCUUCGAUUGAGAGAGAAUACAAGAGGGAUAGUGUCUGGAAUUGAGAAGAGAUUGACAACUCCCUUGGUGAAUGAAGAACAUGUUUUUGGAUCACGUAUUUAUGGUAGAGAUGGCGAUAAAGAGGAGAUGAUUAAACUGUUGACUUCGGGUGAGGAAAAUAGUGAUGAGGUUUGUGUGAUUCCCAUUGUUGGUAUGGGAGGUCUUGGCAAAACCACGCUUGCUCAGAUUGUCUACAAUGAUGAACGAGUGAAGACACAUUUUCAGUUGAAAGCAUGGGCAUGUGUCUCUGAUGAAUUUGAUGUGAUGAGGAUAACAAAAGCACUGGUGGAGUCUGGCACUAAAAGGACUUGUGGUAUGAACAAUUUGGAAUUGCUUCAAGGUAAAUUAAGAGAUAUGUUGAACAGACGAAAAUUUUUACUUGUUUUGGAUGAUGUGUGGAACGAGGAUUAUGGGGAUUGGGACAAACUGCGGAUUCCUCUGGCAGUUGGAUCACCGGGUAGUAAAAUCAUAGUCACAACUCGGAGUGAAAGAGUUGCCUCGAUCAUGCGCCCCGGAAAAGCUUACCCUCUCAAGGAGUUGUCUAGUGAUGAUUGUUGGUCAUUGUUAGAGCAAAUUGCUUUUCCACAUAGGAACUCAGAUGCAUUUCCUGGGCUGAAGAUCAUUGCAGAGGGAGUGGCGAGGAAGUGUAAAGGCUUGCCUUUAGCAGCAAAGUCACUUGGGGGUCUCUUGCGCUCUAAUCCAGAGGAGAAUUACUGGAAGGAUAUUCUGAACAGCAGGAUCUGGGAUUUGUCAAACAAUGGCAUAAUUCCACCCCUGAGGUUAAGCUACCAUCACCUCCCUCCACAUUUGAAGCAAUGUUUUGUCUACUGUGCAGUGUUUCCCAAGGACUUUGAAUUCGACAUUGAGAUGUUAGUCCUGUUAUGGAUAGCUGAGGGUUUUGUGCAGCAGCCAGAGGGGGGAAAAGAAAUGGAAGCUACUGCACGCAGCUACUUCUUUGAUCUACUAUCAAGGUCAUUCUUUCAACAAUCUAGUGUGGACAAAUCACAGUAUCUAAUGCAUGACCUUAUCCAUGAUCUAGCUCAGUUUAUUUCUGGAAAAGUAUUUCUCAGGUUGGAGGACAAGGCAGAGGUUGUCAAGCAAUCCAAUAUAUAUGAAAAAGCUCGCCACUUUUCCUACAUCCGUGGAGAGACUGAUGUCUAUGUGAAGUUUAAGCCACUUAGCAAAGUCAAGUGCUUGCGCACCUUCCUCUCAUUAGAUCCAUUACAUGGAUUUAACAUAUAUUGUUUGACAAAAAAGGUUCCAGAGGAUUUAUUACCAGAAUUAAGGUUCUUGCGGGUGCUAUGGCUGAGUGGCUAUGAGAUCACUAAAUUACCAGAUUCUAUUGGCAGUCUCAAACAUCUCCGGUACCUCAAUCUCUCUUACAGUUCAAUCAAAGAGUUACCUGAGUCAACAAGCACUGUCUACAAUUUGCAGACGCUACUGCUAAAAUGUCGUCAUCUUAUUAAGCUGCCAAUGGACUUGAAGAAUCUGACUAAUUUACGACACCUCAAUAUUGAGACGAGUGACUUGCAAAUGAUGCCCCUUGAAAUGGGAAAACUGACAAGCCUCCAAACAUUGUCUAAUUUUGUUGUGGGCGAAGGUAGGGGGUCAGGAAUAGGACAGCUUAAAAGCUUAUCGAAUCUCAGGGGAAAACUCUCCAUUUCAGGGUUGCAGAAUGUUGUCAAUGUCAGGGAUGCUAUUGAGGCCAAGUUAGAGGAUAAGGAGUACCUUGAAAAGCUAGUUUUAGAAUGGACUCGCAUAUUUGAUAGUACAAGAGAUGAGAAAGUGGAAAAUGAGAUACUUGACAUGCUACAACCUCAUGAGAACUUGAAAAAUCUCUCUAUUGAAUACUAUGGUGGUACAGAAUUUCCAAGUUGGGUGGGAGGUCCAUCCUUCAGUAAGAUGGAGUACCUGAAUCUCAAGGGUUGCAAAAAAUGUACAUCCUUACCAUCACUUGGCCAACUACCAUUGCUUAAGGAGUUAAUCAUUGAAGGAAUGGAUGGUAUAAAGCAUGUUGGUCCUCAGUUUUAUGGGGAUGAUUACACUUCAAUUGAUCCUUUUCAAUCACUGGAGACGCUGAAGUUUGAGAAUAUGGAAGAAUGGGAGGAAUGGUCUUCUUUUGGAGAUGGAGGAGUUGAAGGAUUCCCUCGCCUUCGUGAGCUUUCUAUAUUUAAAUGUCCAAAGCUGACAAGGUUCUCACACCGAUUUUCUUCCUUAGAAAAACUGUGUAUUAAGCAUUGUGAAGAACUUGCUGCUUUUUCAAGGCUUCCUUCACCUGAAAACUUGGAGUCUGAAGAUUUUCCUCGCCUUCGUGUGCUCGAUCUAGUACAUUGCCCCAAGUUGAGUAAACUACCGAAUUACCUUCCAUCAUUGGAAAGAGUUUGGAUAGAUGAUUGUGAGAAAUUGGCUGUACUUCCAAAGCUUGUGAAGCUCUUGAAUUUGGACUUGUUGGGUUCUAAUGUGGAGAUUCUUGGAACUAUGGUUGAUCUUAGGUCACUAACCUUUUUGCAGAUAAAUCAAAUUUCAACUCUCAAAAUGUUUCCUGAAGGUUUCAUGAAACGGUCUGCAAAACUUGAAGAACUAAAGAUUGUUAAUUGUGGUGAUCUUGUAGAUUUGUCGAAUCAGCAGUUGGGAUUAGCACACCUUGCUUCUCUUAGACGCUUGAGAAUCUCUGGGUGUCCUAAACUUGUUGCUUUGCCAGAUGAAGUGAACAAGAUGCUUCCUAGACUAGAAUCUUUGGAUAUAAAAGACUGUUGUAACCUGGAGAAACUGCCAGAUGAACUUUUCAAGCUCGAGUCUCUUAGUGAGUUGCGAGUGGAAGGGUGUCAAAAACUUAAGUCCUUUCCUGAUAUGGGAUUGCCAUCCAAGCUUAAACGUCUCGUGAUCCAAAAAUGUGGUGAACUGAAGGCCAUUCAAGAGGGAAAUUUACACAACAACACCUCUCUUGAGUUUCUGGAGAUCCGUUCAUGUUCUUCCCUUGUGUCAGUUCUUGAAGGAGGCAUUCCCACCACACUCAAAUAUAUAAAGAUUUCUGAAUGCAAUAGUCUGAAGUCGCUGCCUGUGGAGAUGAUGAACGAUGACAUGUCUCUUGAGCACUUGGAGAUAGAAGAUUGUGCUUCACUUUUGUCCUUUCCAGCAGGCGAGUUACCCAAAUCUCUUAAGCGUCUUGAGAUUAGUAUUUGUGGUAAUUUCCUUUCAUUACCUUCAAGCCUUCUGAACCUAGUGCAUCUUGAUUUCUUACGCCUAGAAAAUUGCCCUCUUCUUGAGUAUUUUCCAAAUACUGGGUUGCCUACCCCUAACCUAAGAGAGCUCACUAUUGCUACAUGUGAGAAGCUCAAGUCCUUGCCCAAUCGGUUUCACAACCUCAAAUCUCUUCAAAAAUUGGCCAUAUCUGGUUGUCCAAGUCUUGUAUCCCUACCAAAACAGGGGUUGCCCACCAACCUAAUAUCACUUGAGAUUACUGAUUGCAAGGAACUCAAUCCCAUUGACGAGUGGAAACUGCACAAACUUACCACUCUUAGAAAUUUCUCGAUUGGGGGAAUCCCAGGUCUGGUGUCAUUUUCAAAUACAUAUCUUCUUCCUGACUCCAUAACCUUUCUUCGCAUCCUAAAACUCCCAGACCUCCUAUCAAUAUCAGAAGGGCUGCAAAAUCUCACCUCACUUGAAACUCUGAUGAUUAGAGACUGCGAGAAGCUCCAAUCUUUGCCAAAGGAGGGGCUUCCAGCCACACUUUCUUCUCUAACAAUUAAGAACUGCCCUCUGCUACAAUCACGCUGUAAACAGGACACUGGAGAGGAUUGGUCCAAAAUUAUGGACAUUCCUGAUGUAGUUCUAUUUUAAAGGCAUGGAGAUCCUUGACCAAGUUCUAGUGAAGUUCUUUCACACUGGAGGUAGAGAAAUUCUGUCAGGCUGCUUUUCUGGAAGCACUCAUGUUACAUUCCUUGAGAAGGUACCUUUUUCUUGAGUCCAAAGGUGAUAAUGGUCUUCACAAAUGGGUAGCCUGAUUUCAAAACCACAAACACCCAAUCCCAGAUCAGACGGCAGGCUUGGGUCCCAAAUCUCUCGUACAACCUCUAAAAACUAAAUAAACAGAGCAUACAUGGGAGUUGGGAGUUUCCGAAGUUGUAGAAGAUCAGUGUGGACGUAAAAACACUUUUGAAUUGUUAAUGGUCUCUCCCAAACUGUACCCUAGUAUGAUGCUGCCACAAGGGAAAGAGGAAUUGAACUAGAGCAUGUUAUACCCCCUCCUCGUUCAUCAAUAUUUAUCACCAUCCUAAUCUAGCAUUCCACCAAAAGAUACAAGUGCUUGUACUUCAUGUUACCUUUAGGUGCUUGGUAGCUUUUCUAUGUAUUGGAAGGAUAUUGGAAUUGGAUAUUUAUCAAUCUAUACAUCAACUGCCAUGAGCUAUUAACAUCAGAAGUGAAUAGAGACUGCUAGCUACCUGUA